CCCUCCAAGACAAGAUGGUCUACAUCUCGAACGGACAAGUGUUGGACAGCCAGAGUCAGUCCCCAUGGAGAUUAUCUCUGAUAACAAAUUUCUUCUGGGGAAUAGCAGAGUUUGUGGUUUCGUUUUUCAAAACUUUGCUUCAGCAAGAUGUUAAAAGAAAAAGAGCUCGUCCGACUCUAGAUGAUGAUGGAAGAGGGCCGCCAGGAAACCCUCCAGGCAGAAUGAGCCGAAUCAAUCAUCUGCACAGUCCAGUCUCCCCACCCCCCAAGAGUAGUGGAUUAGGGAUAAACGUCUGCUCUAAGAAGCAGACGGCUGGGUGUGCACAUCCUCGGCAGAAGGAGACCAUCUGGAGAUGGAGCUGGCCGAGCCAGCUGCCUGGAUGGAUGUGUGCACCCCCACCAGAACCGCCCUGUGACCUCGCAGACGAAUGA